GCAUCCCUACUCUUGGUGCGCGAGAAGAGACGUACGCCUGCGCGCUCGCGCGCGCGCGCGUUAUAUUAUAUACGCGCACUUGUUGAUCGCUGCAUAUAGCGGCCGAGUCGGUAUUUUCGGUUGGCAGUUAUUUCCGAAAGUUGAGCAACCGGAUGGUUGGCUAAUUACGCUGACUUUCCUCCUAUGCAUCGCUCCGCGUAAAAAUAAGCUAUCGAUUUUCUUGUUUGCCCUCGGCGAGUCCUCGUCUCCGAUAUUCAUCCGGAAUAUAUGUGGGUCGGAGCUUUUAAUUCGCGCGAAAACGCCCGGACUCACGCGACGCCGCUUAAAGAGAAAAGAAGCUCAACAACGAAUCGGAGCAAACAGCUCGCUCACGCUGAUUAAACUCGAUCGGCUAAAAGCUGACCACCCGAUAAACUCCCGCCUAACGAGACCUAUAGGAGAUAUAGCUCGCCGAAAAAUGCAAGUGCUCUCGGUCAGGCGAUCCCGUCGCGGGCCCGCUAUAAAAAUCUCGAGCCUCGUAUUUUCCGCGCACGUAAUAAUAACUCGGGCACGUGUACGCGAUCAUGCUGGCGAUAAAAAAAAGGAGCCAUAGCCGCGCUAUUUCUCAACCGAGCGUCGCGCUAGUUUUUCCGGUUGACUAUAUACCUACUUGGAGUAAUCUCGCCGGGCCAUCUGAGAAGAAUAAGCGCUCGCUCGCUUGCCGGGGCGAUAAUGUCCGGGAGAGACACGCGCGCGACCUCCGACGGACCUUAUUAGUUAACUGCAGCGGUUAACGAUUCCGCGCACGACGAUCGCCCCGGAUUAUUCUAGCCGGCGGCUAUAUAUAGGGGAGAAUAAGAAGCCGAGUGAGAGAGAGAGAGAGAGAGAGAGCGACUGCGGCGGCAAAAUCAAUAGCGCCGCGAGAAAUCGGUUGGCCGCUUAUUUCAGGAUAUUUUUCUAGCGACUCUCGCCGAAAUAGAUCCGCAUCCGCAGAUGCUCGCUCGGGCGCGCGCGCACGCACACACUCGUCCACUUAUAUACUCUCCAUUGCGUAUUCAAGGGGCGAGUCGGCUACCUGACCAAAAUUUCCGAGCAGGCUAAUAAUAGCGCGGAUCGGUCGCGUAUGAAAUAUUACGAGCGCGAGCGCGCGUGGCCGAUUUGAAUAUAAAAGUCGGGUUGUGCUUCGAAGCGCAGCCCAGACAGGACAGGGGGCAAGACAGCGAGGAAGGGGAGAGAGAGAGAGAGAGAGAGAGAGAGGUCACUGGUCAGAGAGCGCGUUUAGACCGCUGCGGACUCGCGCGACCGCGCGAUCGCUCAAGGAUUGUGUUGUUGUUGCGUGCGCGUGUGUGUGUGUGAGUGCGCGCGCGCGCGCGCCUGCCCCGUUCGAUUAUUUGGAUUAAUCCCGCGCCUGCAGCGCUGGAGCAGCUCCUAUACUGGUCAGUCGUCCUCUGCUCGCGAUAAGCCGCGCCGGCAACAUGUACGGCCUCAUCCUGGAGAACAUGGCCGAGUACAUCCGGCAGGUGUACGGCGAGGACCGCUGGGAGGAGAUCCGCCGACAGGCCGCGGUCGAGCAGCCCAGCUUCAGCGUGCACCAGGUCUACCCGGAGAACCUCAUUCCCCGGCUCGCCAAGAAGGCCAUUCAGGUCCUGGGCAUCACGGAGCGCGAGUUCUUCGACCAGAUGGGCGUGCACUUUGUCAGCUUCGUCGGGCAGUACGGCUACGACCGGGUGCUCUCGGUGCUGGGCCGGCACGUGCGCGACUUCCUCAACGGGCUGGACAACCUGCACGAGUACCUCAAGUUCUCCUACCCGCGCAUGAGGGCGCCCUCGUUCAUCUGCGAGAACGAGACUAGGCAAGGACUGACUCUGCAUUACAGAAGCAAACGCCGGGGCUUCGUCUACUACACGAUGGGCCAGAUCCGGGAGGUGGCCCGGCACUUUUACCACAAGGAGCUCAAGAUCGAGCUCGUCCGCGAGGAGAUACUCUUCGACACGGUCCACGUGACCUUCCAGCUGACCUUCGACAACCGGGCGUUCACCCUCGCCUCGCUGGCCAUGACGCGCGAGGAGAAGCACCUGCCGAUCGGCGCCUCGGUCCUCUUCGAGAUCUUUCCGUUCUGCAUCGUCUUCGGCUCCGACAUGAUCGUCAGGAGCAUCGGCAACUCGCUCAUGGUCAUCCUGCCGGACCUCAUCGGCAAGAAGAUCACCCACCGGUUCGACCUCGUCAGGCCGCUCAUAGCGUUCAAGUUCCAGUCGAUCCUCAACCGGACCAACAACAUCUUCGAGCUGGUCUCCGUGGAGCCGGUGCUCGCCGAGCGGCCGAGCGAGCGGCGCAAGAACGACCUGCUGCUCAGCCACGAGAUCGACUCGCAGGAGGACCGCACCCUCCGGCUCAAGGGCCAGAUGAUCUACAUGGACAACUGGAAGAUGAUGAUGUACCUCGGCACGCCGGUCAUGCCCGACCUGCACGCCCUCGUCGGCGCCGGGCUCUACAUCAACGACCUCUCGCUCCACGACUUCAGCAGGGACCUCAUGCUCGCCGGGACGCAGCAGUCGGUCGAGCUGAAGCUGGCCCUCGACCAGGAGCAGCUCAAGAGCAAGAAGCUCGAGGAGUCGAUGCGCAAGCUCGACGAGGAGAUGAAGCGCACCGACGAGCUGCUCUACCAGAUGAUACCGAAGCAGGUGGCCGACCGGCUCCGGAACGGCGAGAGCCCGAUCGACACGUGCGAGAUGUUCGACAGCGUCUCGAUCCUCUUCUCCGACGUGGUCACCUUCACCGAGAUCUGCAGUCGCAUCACCCCCAUGGAGGUCGUCUCGAUGCUCAACGGAAUGUACUCGCUCUUCGACACUCUCACGGAGCGAAACCACGUGUACAAGGUCGAGACGAUCGGCGACGCGUACAUGGUGGUGUCGGGGGCGCCGGUCAAGCAGAACGACCACGCCGAGCGGGUCUGCGACAUGGCGCUGGACAUGCUCGAGGCCAUAACCGACCUGACGGACCGCUCGACCGGCCAGCACCUGCAGAUCCGCAUCGGCAUCCACAGCGGGGCCGUGGUCGCCGGGAUCGUCGGCCUCAAGAUGCCCCGCUACUGCCUCUUCGGCGACUCGGUCAACACGGCCUCGCGCAUGGAGGCGACCAGCGGGGCCAUGCAGAUCCACAUCUCCCAGUCGACCAAGGAGCUGCUCUCGGCCGCCUACAAGGUCACCGAGCGCGGCGAGAUACAGGUCAAGGGCAAGGGCACCAUGAAGACCUACUGGCUGGAGAAGCGCGAGUACCGCUCGCUCCAGUCGACCAAGAACAUCUCGAUCCAGGAGCCGCACCAGUGGCACAGCUCGCCCGGCCAGCAGCUAUCAUCCUCGCCGAGCGGCGCCGCGGCGCGACUCGUCGCCAGGAUGCCCUCCUCGCCGAGCCUGCCCUACCCGGGCCAGCAGCAGCCCAUACCGAUCGGCCCGCCGACCGGCGUCUCGGCAUCCAGCUCCGGCCUCCUCUACGCCGAGGAGCGACCCAUCUACUCGCCCAUCACCUUCCAGGACGUCGCCCGGCGCUCGGUCGCCAACUCGCCCACCAAGAGUCUGCCCGUGAAAGAGCUGCGCUCCAACUCGCUGGGCGCCGUCUCGACGAGCUCCUUCCAGAACCCGACGGCCGACCUGCUGGGCUCGCUCAUCUCCGACACGGAGCAGCACUUUCGGCUGCACCGGGACAGCGGUUCCUCGCCCCGGCACUCGAAGCCGCAGCAGCAGCAGCACCAGCAGCAGCAGCAGUCCGCCGCGGUGCACACCUCCUCCAUCCAUCCCGACCCGCACAACCACCACCACCACCACGGCUACCACCACCAGCUGCUCCUGACGACGACGACCACGACCACGACCACGACCACGACCACGACCUCCUCCGGCAACUGCUCCGCCAGCAGCAGCGCCGAGGGGGAGGACAAGCACUUCCUCGGCAGCGGCAGCGACAGCAGCCACUCGCAGCUCCAGCGGAUGCGCGCCGAGCAGCCCUGCUGUCCGGGCUUCGCCAUCCCCAAGGCCGGCGGCCCCGGCGGCAAGUCCAAGAGCCAGAACGCCGGCUGCACCAUCAACUGAAUGUACUCUCGUUAUGCAUAGACCGCGCCUCGAGGGUUCUAGUAAGAAAACUAUUUCGACUUGCUACACACACAGCAAUGAAGAUGCAGCUUGUACGGUCAUAAAAUUAUGUAAUAAUAAUAACGAGUGAGCUUACACGUACAAUGAUUAGAAAGCGUGAAUUGUCGAAUCGUCUAUAUUGACCUUGAUAUCGUAGGAUAAGUUUGCAUAGGUAAAUAUAGUUUGUCAAAGUGUUAGGUAUACGCGUUAGAGGUCUAUCUAGAGUCUACGUGAAAGUUGGAGAAACUCGAAAACUGCGCGCCUCGACGAGUCACAUCUCUAAGCGUCCUUUAUCCUUCUAUGCAGCGGCAUGAAAAAAGCUCUCGUUUAGAUUAACGAGCUGCAUGUAUGUGAAAACAGUUUGAUAUUAAAGCGGAAGAUAUGUAUCCGCGUUACGCACACACGA